AUGGCUCUCUUUCGAACUUUGGAAACCACAAGGAUUACAAGUUCUUCAUAUUUCAAGUCUCCUAGGAGUUUUUGGAAUAUACGCAGGAACUCUACUUUAACAGACGUGGAUUCAAAGGGCACAGCAAUUGUUUUGUUAAAUAUGGGAGGGCCAUCUAAGAUUCCAGAAGUUCGAGAUUUUUUGUUUAGGCUUUUUAGUGACAAGGAUAUUAUUCCCUUAGGUCCGUUUCAAAAUAUUAUUGCUAAAUUUAUUACCUCUCGAAGAACUCCCACAAUUGAAUCACAUUACAAGGAAAUUGGUGGUGGUUCUCCUAUUCGUAAAUGGAGCGAAUAUCAAGCAAUUGAAACUUGCAAAAUCUUGGACAAAAUCUCCCCCAAAACCGCACCUCAUAAACCCUACGUUGCAUUUCGAUACGCCAACCCAUUAACUGAGGAAACGUACAAAAAAAUUUUGGAUGAUGGAAUCACUCGUGCUGUUGCCUUUUCUCAGUAUCCCCAAUAUUCUAUUUCAACUACCAAAUCAAGUUUUAAUGAGUUAGAUCGAAUUCGCGAAAUUGCGGAUCCUGAAAAAAAGGUAAAAUGGUCAAGCAUUCAGCGAUGGCCGACACAUCCCAAGCUGGCUAAAGCUUUUGCCAAAAAUAUUUCUGCUGAGCUUGAGAAAUUUCCUGAAGCAGAUCGAGAUAAAGUUGUUAUUGUUUUCUCCGCUCAUUCAAUUCCUAUUGACUUUGUGAAUUCAGCUGAUACGUAUCCUCCAGAGGUUGCUUCGACGGUUCAUGCUGUUAUGCAAGAACUUCAAUUCUGUAACCCUUAUCGCUUGGCUUGGCAAUCUCAAGUCGGUCCAAAACCUUGGCUUGGUCCUAAAACAAAUCGCACUAUUGCCACCCUAGAAUCCAAUCCCGAUGUUAAAGGUAUCGUUAUUGUUCCAAUUGCUUUCACUUCAGAUCAUAUUGAGACUCUUCAUGAAUUGGAUAUCGAAUUGAUUGAAGAAUGCAAACGUCCUGAGAUUGUUCGUCGGGCCGAAUCUUUAAAUGGAAGUCCACUAUUUAUUGAGGCUUUAGCAGAUAUUGUGGCUUGUCAUUUGGAUCCUGCAACUCAUGAUCCAGAUGGUUUGAAACAGGUGCAAAGUGGCGUUGCUAUUAAAAAAUUUGAUUUAAAAGUUAAAUAA